AUGUUUCCAGGGAUCGCUUACCUCACCAUAUCCCUGACCGCCCCUCUGUGCCUGGGUCUUGGUCCGGAUGCUUGGGGUACAUCGGCCGGCUGUGGCGUCGGCCUGGGUUUUGCACUUUUCUUCCUAGUUUGCCUUCAAGUCGCCGUAUACGUGUUUCGUGCUCGCGUGUUUUUCAACGACAUGCCAAUCCGAGGCUGUGGCUCACACCUGCGCUAUGAGUGCUGCCAUGAGUGGCUUCGUACUGAUGAUGCGUCCUCCGCCAUCUCGCUCUCGCUCUUUUCGCGAUUGCGUCGGCACGAUGAAGACGUGCGAGCUAAUGUCACAUGGCUUUAUGACUUCAAUCCCGACGGAGUCAUCGUCUCCCCGAGCUGCUAA